UCGACGAAAGAAGCUCGCAGUUGUUUGAGAGCGCAGCGUGAAGCAGACAGACAUGGAGGAGGACAUCAGGAAGAGGGGUAUGCUAUAUGUACAGCAGCAAAGAUUUGGAAAGGUAAGACCGAGAAGCCUGAAUGAACACGCUCCUCACAUCGAAGUUGCGACCUGCAUCCUGAAAUGAUGAUAUUAUAGCGCGGGUAACCCGAGGCCGUUCGUAAACAGGGCAGAGGGUACAAACACGUAUUUCAUAACAGUAUACGGACUGAAAAUGAAUGGUUUAUGGUUAUAUUAUUUAGAAGUUCCUUUACUCUGGUUUAGAUUGCACUCUCAGAUCAGAAACGAUACGGGACAUUCGCUACAGCGCACCAUGCACGAAAUAUUCCGCAACCGUCAGACAUCCAGGCGUCAGGAUUUUGUAAGAAAAGGUUCCUCGACGGUUCUUCAGCUGGAUAACGGCUUUAGAUUUCCCAAAGCGUUUUUGUUGUUGUUUUUUGAUGAAGAAACCCUCUGUUGCGAGGUUCUACAUGAAAGCUUAAGCGUUUACACUAGAGCUGUACGUGUCAGAGAGGAGAGAUCGGAGUCCAGGGUCCUCACGGGGGUCAGGUUCGGUUCAUCUGAAGAUCAGUAAGCUCGAAAUGUUUUUUUAACGAGGUCAAAUUGGACGCCGAAUAUCAGCGUAUCGUGAAGUUCGGGAGUAAAAAGCUUUACGGUCGGAACAACAGCGUAGACGUUCGAGUGAAGGGCCUGAUGUGUGAUGUGUUGGAUUAUAUUCACGGAUAAAGCUGCACCGAGGGCCAGCGUGGGAUUUAAUUUGGCUCUGGAAUGUCUGAGAACGUCUGAUCUAGAGGAACAAACCAAAGAAGACUUUCGGUUGAUAACGCAAAGUCUGCGCCUGUGUUUUAAACAAAUCAGUCAAUCUGUUCUGUUUAUUUUUUGUUUGUUUGUUUGUUUGUUUGUUUUUAAUAUGUAUUUUUUUUUAAACCAUUUGCAGAAGUGGAGAAAAGUGUGGUCUAUCCUGUACCGAGAGAGCACCUGCUCCAUCUCACGCCUGGAGUUUUUCGAGUGUAAAGAUGGCGGGACUGGCACGCUGGAGAAAUGCAAAAGCAAGCAGGACAACAAAAAGAUCAUCAGACUGAGCGACUGCAUUCGCGUGUCCGAGGCUGCGGAUGUAGACGGCUGCCCGAAGGACUGCAAGGCUUUCUUGGUGGAAACCACGGAGAAGACGUUCGUGUUCGCUGUAGAAAUGGUUGAAGUAGAAGACUGGAUGCAGAAACUGUGUGAAAUUGCAUUUCCUAUGAACUGGAGCGAAAGAGGAGCGACGAGAUGCAACAGUUUGCCGCCCGAACCCGACGACGUCUCCAUGACGGAUAACUCUCUGUACUGUGGAAAAGAGGCCGGUGAGAACACGUUCCACUUCACUGACACGCACACGAGAUGCCCACACGAGAGGAACUGCAGAAGCUGUGAGCAGAGCUGCUGAGAAUCUGCAGAAGGUCAUUUCUGUACAUUAACACCACGCAGGUCUCGCACUGAAACUUCAGCCACUUCUUCAUUCCCCUGUUACGCAGUGGAAACGUGUGGCCUAGUUUUCCUGUUCGGUGGUGGAGCAGUGUGUAACACCAGAGUCCGCAGCGUGUGUGUGUGUGUGUGUGUGUGUGUGUGUGUGUGUUUGCUUAUCAGUCACAGUGUGACACAUCCUGCUGUCAGCAUGUCUGCUCUUCUAGCCUCCACGCAUCGUCAGAGCAGAUCUAUCAACACUGGCACAAGCGUCAGUUAAUAUCUCUCAACUUCGUGUGUUACUCUUCUUUGUUUUGUUGUUUAUUUAUUUAUUUAUUUAUUUACGAAAUGCUACUUUUUACUGGUUUUGCUGGGAUCCUGCGUUCUGAUUGGUCAGAAGGUGUGGAUGAACCUUCCGUUACGGCGGGUCUGACAGUAGCGCAGCUGUAAAUCACACCUCCGUAUUAACGCGCUGGUCCGGAACGCGUCGGGCGGAUCGCGCCACGCUUUAGAAGCAGAUAAACGACACACAAGGCGCGCAGUCGAUAAAGCGAACGCAGAUGAAGGAGUGUCCAGUGUCAGGAGUGAAGCUUUCUGAACAAUAUGUUGUUUAUUUGUGUGUUUGUUUAGGCACGUGUUUCUGCCUGCGCCGUGCGCGCCUGCUGUAGUUUUGCGCGGGUUCGUAGGAAGCAGAUCCACAGGGAAGUGUUUCAGUCCAGACGGCAGGGCACAAGGCCGGAUUUUUCAAACAGGAGCUCUAGGUCUUGUAGGCGUUACACGUCACAUCGUAAAACACUCGCGCGCGCUGGAGACGGUUUUUACGUCAAGAACACGUACAGUUUGUUGCCACGAUGUAAGAACGUGUUUCCCCACAAACCCCCAAACUUCCUGAGCUCACGU